UCCAGCGGAAACCAACGGGCCAACCAGCGAUCGGAUGGCGCGGUAGGAGCAGCAGCAGCAUCUAGCGUUAACGCAUCGCAGUUCGUACGGACAACAAUAAGAAAAAAAACAACGAAUAAUAACAAUAUUUUUGUUUUCCAUCCGUUUUUCGAUUUUCGAAUGCGCUAUCCGCCUCGCCGUUUGGCCGCGUUCGAGUCCACACAGCCACGGUGAUCGCCACAAACGAACACUACGGUGUACCUGUAACAAACGUCCGUUAAAUGCAAUGCCCGUUCGCCUAGCCAUCAUAAGGACGGCCGGAAGCUUCGAGCAGUUGGCUAUUCAAAAUCAAAUGGAAUGUCGGUUGUUGGCCGUUGCGUCGUAAUCACAACGGUUGUUUCUAUUUCUGAUCGAUAAAUGAAUAGGUCCAAAUCAGGUUACGAUAGUGAAACGGAUGAUGGAGAAGAUUCAGAUGAUUAUGCGGUGCCACUUGGCAUCCCAAUAUUGUCAGGUGAAGAUGGUCGACGGUUGGUUGAAUACAAACCAUCGAACAACUCCAUCAAUAAGGGUCGCUGGACCAAAGAAGAGGAUAUGAGAUUAAAGCAACUUGUAGAAGAAUACCAAGAACGAUGGGAUGUCAUUGCCCAACACUUCACCGAUCGCUCAGAUAUUCAAUGCCAACAGCGAUGGCACAAAGUUGUCAAUCCCGAUUUAGUAAAAGGGCCUUGGACAAAAGAAGAAGACGAAACUGUAUUGGAACUUGUAGAAAAAUAUGGCCCCAAAAAAUGGACUCUUAUAGCACGACAUUUAAAAGGCCGAAUAGGUAAACAGUGUCGUGAAAGAUGGCAUAAUCAUUUAAAUCCAAAUAUUAAAAAAAGUGCCUGGACAGAUGAAGAGGAUCGAAUAAUAUUUAGGGCUCAUAGUCAAUGGGGGAAUCAAUGGGCCAAAAUUGCUAAAUUGUUACCAGGAAGGACUGAUAAUGCUAUAAAAAAUCAUUGGAAUUCAACCAUGCGAAGGAAGUAUGAAAUUGAUGAUAAGGGUGAAGUGUAUGGUAAAAGUAUGUUAAAACCAAAAUCAAAAAGUAUUAAAUCCUCAAUGGAUAACAGAGACGAAUCUAUCAAAAGCCUUCCAAAUACAUCGCUUAUUAAUCAGUCCGAAUACAUUACUAUUGAUGUGCCAACACAAUAUCUUGGUUGGAUGCCUCCAAAAUAUAUUCCUGAUGAUAUUCAACUUAAAGAAGAUCCUGAUCAGGAUGUUCGAGAUAAAGCUGAAGUUGUUGCUGCUGCAGAAGUUUUAAAUUCUUUAAUGUCAACUCCUCAGAAAAAAAAUCCAAUUGUUGUUAAAGAUGUAUUUAAAAUUGAUUAUAAAUUUGAGUCUCCUCCUAGACCAGCAUCUGUACCUUUGCAAACUAAUUCUCCAUCAUGUUAUUCACCAUAUAGGUUGUUCGAGACUGGAGGUUAUAUCGAAACUCAACAAACUAGUAAUAGUGUUGUGGGUAGUUCUCCUGAUGAAGGGUAUGCUGAACUUCGCCUUAAUACACCUGUAAAAUCUCCAAAACAAGAAUCAUGUCAAGAAAUUUUUUAUCAUUAUAAUACUUCACCCAACAAACCAAAUUCAUUUUCACCAAAUAAUAAAGUUCACCGGCGGCGUAGAAGUUUUUCAGAAUAUCCUGAAAUUGGCUUGAAUAUACAGUGCAAUACUAUUUUGUCAGGCUUGAGCAUACCUGGAACACCAGAAAAAAGAACACCAAUUAAACAACUACCAUUCAGUCCCUCACAAUUUUUAAAUAGUCCAUCAUUAUCAUUUGAUGUUAAUUCAUCUUCAACACCUGUCAGGCGUCUAUUACCUAGUUGUAGUAAACUAAAUGAGGAAUCUGGCGACCAAACUAUAAAAUCAGAAACUUUGGUUACACCAAAUUUAACCUAUAAAUUUGCUGGAAGGAGUCGUGAUGAUGUCAAGACUCCAGAAAUAAUGUGUAAAAUAAAUACCCCUCAUACACCAACUCCGUUCAAAAUUGCUCUUGCUGAGGCUGGUCGUAAAAUGGGUGUAAAACAUUUGGCUCAAUCGCCGUCAGCUUUAAUUGAGGAUAUUACUGAUUACAUUAAGCAAGAGGAUCGAGUAAAAAAAGAAUCAGAAUUUUCUGAUUCACAGUAUGAAACUGAUAGCUCUAAUAUGUUCUGUGAUACUAAUGAUACCGUUGCAUGUGGAAAAGAAAAUGCAGAACCUUCAUCACCUACCCCUCAAAAAAAAGCAAGAAAAAGUCUUGCCCCAGUUUGGGCUUCACCGACUGCUUCUUGGAAUCAGCCUAUUGAUUCAUCUUCUAAAAUAAUUAGAGAAACAAAUACUGAAGAAGUAUAUGAAUCAAGUAUAAUUGAUGGCACUAGGAACAUGUUUACACCUGAAGAAUAUUCAGCUUCAAAGAAUGGCCCUACUGCCUCACCAGACAUUUCGCAAACGAAAAUUAUCUGCAGACAGUUACCACAAUCACCCGAUAGCAGCAAUGUCCUCAAGCGUCUACACAUUGGAAGUCCAUACAGACAAAAGUGGGCAGGCCUUGUACCCAAGGAUGAUGUAAGAUGGAAAAUUACAUGUGGUAAAACUAAUGAUCAACAAGAAAUGACAGCAUUAGCUUAUAAAUGUUUGCAAAUGAAAACACCGCACAAGAAUCACAACACAAAGGCGCCUGGAUUUAAACCUCGACAAUUAACAUUCUAGUUUUUUAACAAUAAUUUCUCCUUGUAUAUUAAGAUAUACAACAGACUAAGUGAACUAUAGUAAAAAUUAUAAUAGUGAAAUUAGAAUUCAAUGAUUU